UUAUUAUUUUCAUCAUAAUAUAACACAUUAGCUGCAUGCAACGUCACAUAGAUAUUAUUAUAUGCAGUAUGGACAUCGAUGGUGUGAUUGCAUGUUCCGUAGAAAAGUGGGUUAGUCUUGUUAAUAAGUUAACACCAAGUCAGCGAUUUACAUUUUACGAAACGGAGAUGGAGGGCAUGUUACGAAUACCUUCGGUCAAGAUGCGUGAUAAUUUGCUUGCGCUUAUGAUUCAUGGUUACAAUCCUAGUAGUAAAAAAUUCAUGGUCCAAGAGGCAGCCGGAAAAAAAGGGUUGAUUUCACUGAGGCCUGAUGAUGUGUUCGCUAUAUUUGGUUUGAAGAAUGAAGGAGUGGAUGUUUCUAGUUUUUUGAGUAUGGACCAAGGCAAAGCAAUAAAAAAAUUCCAUCUAGUUUUGUUAACAAGAAGAAUGUAUCUAUAUUGGGAGAAGGUGCAGCCAAGCACCGGUCCGCAGUAUGAUCCUUUAGCACUGUUGAGCCCCUUGAUGAGGAAUUGGACAGAAGCGGUAGCAGAGAAAAGAGACAAGUACGACUUUCAAUAUGGUCGUGGUGUUGGAAUGAUCGAUGACACCAUUACUGAAGAGUACCGAUUAAACAAAAUUAGAAUGGAACAGGCUGAAAUUAACAAGAAAUCCAGUACGAGAAAGUCUAACAUUACUGGAAGGAGAACAGGUGUGAGUACAUCUGAGGCUUCAGCUACCCAGAACCCUAUUAUGGAUCGGAUUUUGACUGAGCUGAAGCACAUUCGUAAGGACAUGCUUCGUAUGCCGGAGCUAUGCGCACAGAGGGUCAUAGAGAAAUUGAACAAAAGCGUUGUAUUCUACAAAGCCGGUGAUAUUGAAAAAGAAGAAGAGAAUGAGUAUGGUGAAAAUAGUGAAACUAGAAACUAUGGUGGAAAACCUCGUAAAGAAUUUGUAUAUAAUCCUGACAUGGACAAUUUCAAAACACCAGGAAAAAAGAAUGUGCAAGAGGAUGAUGAAGAUGAUAUUAAUGAUUCUGAAGAGAAGAGACCUUAUCAUUGCACACCUGAAUAUUUUGAUAGUUUCAAGGGUGAUAAAGAAGAUCCUAUCGAAGUUCCUAAGGUAUCUGAUGAGAAAUCCGUUACAUCUUUAGGAACAGAUGAAAUCGCAGCACGUGGAUCCGUAGAUUCUAUUGGAGAAGAUGAGGUACAUGAGGAGGUUGUAGGGAAACGGAAGCGGAAGGUAUCAAACCUUGUAAAGUCUCCUUAUGUGCCAGUUAUACCGACAAAGCGUGCAAAACGUUCAGCAAAAGCAAAAGUCUUUCAAGAUGAAUACGAUGUGAUUAAAGCUAGUGUUAAGUUUGUUCGUGCUUAUGAGCGGUCAGCAAAACAUAGAAAGAAGGAAAUAUUCAAUGAUGGCAUGCGCGAAGGUCUCAGUGUAGAGAGGGCUUGUAAGAUUCUUGACCAUCAAUGGCUAACCGGUGAUGUUAUCAAUGCUUAUUCGUCGUAUCUUUUGGGAGUUGUUGGUGACAAUCGUCAUAUAAUGCCGACCUGGCUGGUCAAUUGGUUACUUGAAUUUAGACCGGACACCGAGCGAGGAAAAAAUGACAACGAAGUUGUGGCGAAGAAGAAUGGACCCGUGAAUAGAUGCACCGAUGAGUAUUUUAAAAAAGAUAAGAUUUAUAUUCCUCUUAAUAAGGGAAAUACCCACUGGGUUUCGGUCGUCAUGCAUCGCCCGAAGGAAGAGUUCCAGGUUCUUGAUUCUUUGAUGGGACCCGAACUUGACAGUGAAAUUAGAGACAAAGUUGAGGAGCUGACAAAACAACUUGGAUAUGACAUACGUGAUGCGAAUGCGAGCGGUGCUGUGAAUUAUCCGGAUGUGUCUACCUGGCCUAUCAACACGUAUACGAUGCCACAACAAGAAGACGGCAAUUCAUGUGGAAUAUUUGUUCUUCGAUGCUUUCAAUACUGGAACGGUGGAAAAAUGGAUUUUUCCCAGUUCUAA